AUGAUGGAUACCAUUGACUACAAAUCUAAAAUGUCUGAACUCGAAACGCAACUUCACAUCUCUCACGAAAAACUGUUGGUCCGCGAAAACGUGAUUUCACAGUUGGAAGAGGAGAUCAAAGGCAAAGAACGGUUGAUUUUCGAGCAAAGUCAUCUCAUCAACAUUCUUGAAAAUGAAUCAGCAUCUCAAACGCAGUUACAGGCAAUUCGAUGUGACAACAACAAUAAAUAUGAUACGGACUCCAUCAACAGCGAGAGCGAGAUCACAGUAAUUGAGCGCGAAAUCGUUGCGUCCAGCAGUUCGACAUCACCGUGUUCCUCAGAAAAAAGCGGAAGCAGCGGUGGCGGCAUCAUGACUUCAUCUUCCCUCUUCCGCACCUCGGAUCGUGACCUUUUCCGAUGCGACAAAUCAUCGUGCAAAUGCGAAUCGAAACUCGAGCAAGCAAUGGUUGAUCGAGAAAGACUCGAGCUUCAAAAUGAGCAGCUCUUGAAGCAAUGGGAAGAAGCGUUGGAGUACGUUUCAAGUGUUCAGCGUCAAUUGCAAGAAGAAUUGAAACGAAAUGGACAAUUGAAAAACGAGAUGAAUCAGAGAGCCAAAGAAGAAGUUUUUGAAAUUCCAAGAAAUGUACUUCAUCUCAUGUCAUUCAUCAUUUUGGUAUUUGGUUACUUGCUUUACCGUCUUUAA